AGCCUGUUCCUCUUGCUUACUUUGUUGUGGAAAGUAGAAAUAUCACUUAGACAAUUGUUAAGGACGGCUAUGCCUGAGCCCUCAAAGUCGGCUCCCGCCCCGAAGAAGGGCUCCAAGAAAGCCAUUACUAAGGCACAGAAGAAGGACGGCAGGAAGCGCAAGCGCAGCCGCAAGGAGAGCUACUCCAUCUAUGUGUACAAGGUGCUCAAGCAGGUGCACCCCGACACCGGCAUCUCGUCCAAGGCCAUGGGCAUCAUGAACUCCUUUGUCAACGACAUCUUCGAGCGCAUCGCGGGCGAGGCCUCGCGCCUGGCGCACUACAACAAGCGCUCGACCAUCACGUCCCGGGAGAUCCAGACGGCGGUGCGCCUGCUGCUGCCCGGGGAGCUGGCCAAGCACGCCGUGUCCGAGGGCACCAAGGCUGUCACCAAAUACACUAGUUCCAAGUAUUUAGAAUUUACUGACAUUGUAAAUCUUGAUGACAGUAUUUCAUCAAGUUAUUUCCUGAAUACCAGAUGCCAAGUGCUUGUUGCUUUAUCUGACUCAAGAUGACGUGCAUCAGUGGAAGAUUUCGUUUGUUUGUUUCAUCUGUGACUGCAUCAAUAUAGAAUCCUGAUGCUAUGGCUGCAUGUACUCCACUCCUUCUUCUAGUCUGGGUUUUUGAAUCAGCUCUUAAUGUUGGCUUCUAUUUUUAUGUAACCCUAUACAUUUCCAUUGCUCCAGCUAAAAGCCUAUUUGUUCAGGAAAUUAAACAAGCAUAACUUCUGA